GGGCAGUUGACUGACGUUUUGUUUCCACAGUUUAUCUCUGAAAACCCGUUGUGACGUAACCUCGCUCAUACUCAAAUGUAAGAUGCAGCAACAUACAGCAGCUCAUCAUCUGUAUGAAAGAGGAAGAAGAUAUAUCACGAUAACAAUAUUUGCUAGGAUUAAAUCAUUGUUGGUUUUGGCCUUAUGGUAGGAUUUAACGAUGACAAAAAAAAUAAUAAUAUCACCAGACUCAUCCUUGAAGUGCACAGUCUAACAAGUCAUCAGUCUCCCCUUUGCUUUCUAAAGGAAAACACUGACUCCGAGUCCUCAAAAUAUUUCUCGUCUUAUUUUCCAGGGGAAACGUCAAGGUCAUGAUCGACUGGCCCAAUGUGACAGCGUCCGGCCACCGGGAGCUGGGCCUGAAACCUGAGGAGCUGCAGAAGUCCAAGUGUGUCCUGGGCUUCAUUCCUGUCGUCUACUACAGCGUUCUGCUCUGUGUGGGAGUACCAGUGAACAUCCUCACAGCGGUGGCUUUGUCCCGACUCGCAUCCCGCACCAAGAAAGCUCUGUACUACUACCUGCUGGCGGUGACAGGCUCAGACAUCCUCUCCCAGCUCUUCAUCAUCUUUGUCGGCUUCCUGCUGGAGACGGCGGUUUUUCACCGCGAAGUCCCUUCACUCCUGUUGCACUCUGUCAGCGCUGCCGAGUUUGCCGCCAACCACGCCUCCAUCUGGUCCACUGUCCCCCUCACCGUGGACCGCUAUGUGGCGCUGUGCCACCCCCUGCUCCACCGCCAGAUCAGCUACCCAGCCCGGGCCAGGAAGAUCAUCUUGGUGGUGCUGACGUUAUCGCUGGCCUCGGGCCUGCCCUUCUUCUGGUGGUCAGACAUGUGGAGGAACAGCCACCCACCCACAGCGCUGGACACCGUCCUCAUAUGGACUCAUGUAACUAUCAUCUACUUCCUGCCCUGCAGCAUCUUCUUAGUGCUGAACUCUUUGAUAAUCCACACGCUGAGGGUGAGGCAGAGGCAGCAGUGUUGCCAGGAGGAGGGCGGGCCGAAGUCUGCGCCUCCUCGGCGGCUUGGGAAAACCACGGCCAUGCUGUUGGCCAUCACCUCCGUCUUCUCUGUGCUGUGGGCCCCCAGGACUGUCGUGGUCAUCUACCAUCUGUACGUGUCCUCGGUUCACAGAGACUGGCGCGUCCACCUGGCCUACGAUCUGUCCAACAUGCUGGCUAUGCUCAACACGGCCGUGAACUUCUUCCUCUACUGCUUCGUCAGUAAGCCCUUCCGCAGUGUCGUGCGGGACGUCGUGCUGCUCAGAGGGGGGCCGUUGUAUCCUCGACGCGCUCUGCCCCAACCGCAGGCCCCCACCAACGCCUCCAUUUCCUCUCUGUACAGUGGGAACAAGCGCUCACAGAGGGACUGCACCCCCUUGUCACCUCACAGGGCCAGAAAGCCUUCAUGACCUCGUGGCCCCUCCUCUUAAUCCAAAACACCCAUCGUCCCACGGUCCUGAAGCACUUCUGACCCCAGGGACCCACACUGCGUUCCAGCUAUGACCGUGGACAGCUGCCAGUCUCAAAGGGCCUUGAAUGAACUUGCAAGAAGUAUGUCUUUUGAAUUAUAAUGUGUCACUCCGUGUUGUUUGUCCAUCUAAAUCAGAUAAGAUGACAGCGUAUUUAUUUUAUUUUUUGUUCACAAGAAAACUUAAGUUUCUUUAUGGUAUUUUUUCUUUUCCACAUACGGUAUAAUGUGACAGAAUAUUUUUAUAUUGUUAGGAGAAAAAAGAAGAGAUUAACAGUUAGUUUCCUCGGUGGUUUGAAACAGAGGGGGGAAAAGUGAGCAAAAUCAUUUUAAUCCUUUCAUCUGCCCUGUCCUGCUUUGACAUCCACGGCGACAAAGAGGGAGGAAAGAGAAUUUCUUUGGAAAUGGCUGCUUUUUCUGCAGAACACAAUGUUAAGCACAGCCAACUGAGCAAAGAAAUCGUAGUUGGUCUGCACAGCGAGCUCCCAGGCACAGAAACCACAGCUGCUAAGGCGAGUGUUUAGUUUUCAUGAUAUGCAACUCGAUGGAGCCUUAAAUGAAAGUUUGCUGUUAAAGCAGCAGGAGUGAAGACCUGCUCUUCAAACAGACCCUCUGCUACAUCACCAACAUGGCCUCAGCUCUGGCUAAACAAACCACAGAUUAGCCUGGUGGUCUGCACACACACACAGAGCAGCUGGUACAUUUCCAUUUGCUACAGCACCAGUUCUCACAUAACAUCAAUGCAGUUUGAUGAAAAGUGAAAACUGUGCUGUUUCACUUGUUGUAUCAGUGCUGUGAACAAUAAGAGAGCGAUCAUCAUCUUCAGACGGCUAACCUGCAUUUAUUUCCAAUUUGUGCUGUCAGGAAAUGUUGCCAGGCUCAUCUUUCAUGCUGAUGUUCUGUUAAACAGCCCGACAGCUCAGUUUCUAAACGUAAAGCGUAAACAUAAAAGUGUACAUUUUCAUUUCUGCAGGUGAAACAGGUCCCUCACAAUGACAAACCCACAGCAACACAUCAUCCCACGAGGAACUUUCCACUUAGAGCAUCCUAACUUAAUCAUUCUGUGUCAUCACAAACAUUUUUUAAUGUAGUCUCAAGUAGCCCUCAGUAUACAGGAUGUAUGCACAUCGUCCUCCCGAGGUUUACAUUGUUCCUCCAUUUACUCCUCUGACUGCCCUUUUAGGGUUAACGUUUCCAUUGGAGGCCGCCUGCCUGCCCCCAUCCUCCCACUGUCCUCGUUGUGUUUCCUGUAACAGUAAGGGUUGCGGCGUUCAUCAGUCCGCUCACGUCGCCCGGCGUCCGAACCACACUGAGUUCUGAGAGCUCGCACACAGAUGCAGAUACGAAUUGUUUCUUUGAAGACGUCUCCUGCUGCCUGACAGUAACAGAGGGGGGUGUGAGGGAGCGUGGAGCCGCCACGACCUUACGCCGGUUAACAGUGGGGGUCCGGGAGAUGACUGGAUAAACAGUUAAGACCAUAAUGCAAGACUAAGAUGGCAGAGCAGGAACUGAUUAGAGUUUAACGGAGCUUUCACACUCCUACAGAGCUGUUAGGGCGGUGGGAGGUAAACCCCAGCAGCCACACGUCCCCCGUCUGUCUGCCACCUGUCCUUUGUGCCUGUUCAAACACCUGGUUACGUCCCCCCACUCCUCACCUAUUCAGGCCUGCCUGCUGCCCAGCAGGUGCCAGAAGGCACCAGAUGAGAAGACAAAACACGGCAGAGAGCGACAAGUGUAUCCUGUCAGAUGCAGUUCAACAAAGUACUUAAAACAUAUCCUGGAAAUUUGUCCUUCUCCCAGAAUCACAAGCCUCAGCGGUCGGCUCUGAUGUGCAUGUUUCACUGUGUUUCAUGUGAGCUCUGCUGGUUUGUUCAGUCAGUUUAAGAUGAUGUAAAACAUGACAUCACAGUGUGGUUGAGGAGAAGGUUUUCAGGGAAAAUAGAUCAAGUCUUACUGCAGUAAAAUAAGUAAGUAAAACUUGGAAGGUUAUUUCAUUGAAAUAAUGAAACCCAUGAACAUUACUCUUAAAGUCUCUGAGGAUUUUUCUAAGCAACCAGUGCAUUUUAAGAUGCUAGCUGCAAGUUUUUUUUAAUUCUUAUUUUAAUGCUGUGUAAUAUGAUUUUGAUAUAUAUAUAUAUGAUAAGAGUCCUUGAACAUACCAUCUGAUAAGUUCUGCAGCAAACACUGUAUGCACUUUCACAUUUACUGCUUAAGAAAACGUAAAACAGGUACAACCAUUUAAAUUGUGUCUCUCUACCACCUGGUUUGGCGUUAACGUCGAACAGUCUGACGCGAAUCGAUUGGCGUGCAGUCAAAAAUCAGUUUGAGAUGUUCAGAGGCUCGUUCUCCUGCGUGUUGACCUGUUGUGUGUCCUCAUGUGCAUAGUUUACAUCACUUUCUUUGGACAUGAGUAUAACUGUUAUCCAGUGUGACGGUGUUUGUAAGAACCGAGUUUGAUAUGGAGAUGAAAUAAAUGUUUAGC